CAAACAAAUCCGGGGGUUUUCCAUGAACCCGAAAAAACAGAAAACCUCAACAGCCAAACAAAACAAAACAAAUCACAAUCGACUAAUUGUUUCACCGUCACAAACUCCUCCUGAAAUUUCACCCACUGUUCCUACACUCACAUUGACACUUUUCAAUUAGGGAAUCCCACCAUUGCCUCUUCUUUCUCCUCCGUCCCUUUUUUUGGUUUAAUUCAGGUUUUAUCUUUUUUAUCGUUACUAUAGGUUUCAAUUAGGGUUUUGCAAGAAAUGGGCAGCGCAGAUGAUCGGACAUUUAAGGCUAAUUUUAGCGGUGAUGGAGUGACUAAGUUAAGGGAUAGAGUGAAAGAUAAACUCAAAGAGUUCAUGGGUGAUUACACCGACGAUACUCUUGUGGACUACGUUAUUGUCUUACUGAGAAAUGGAAGACGCAAAGAAGAAGCAAGGAAUGAGUUGAAUGUGUUUUUAGGGGAUGAUAGCGUUUCUUUUGUAUCUUGGUUGUGGGAUCAUCUGGCUUCAAAUUUGAAUUUGUAUGUUCAUAGCGAGGAAUCUCACACAAAUGAAAUGGUAAAAAUGAAACCUACAUUAGGUGAUCAGGGUGGGAGCAAUGAUUCUCCUCAAUUGGAUUCUGAAUCUGAAAGAGGAAAGCCGAAUAAAUUAUCUAGGAGUCGUCACAAUAGGGAGUGGAAAGGAUUAGCGAGGAAUGCAGCUGAACCUCCACCUCUUCGUAGCUCCGAGGUUGACAAUAUCUACUUAGAGGAAAAAUCAGGUGCUGAAGUUAAUCAUGCCAAAAAAACUCCUUCUCCUCCUCGACCUAGAGUUCAAAUGAAAAGAAGCAGGCCCGAUGACAGGCAGCACACUAAGAGGGAGGUAGUGGGCCAACCAACUAUUGCUGCUUCUCGACGGCUACUUCAGUUUGCAGUUCGAGAUGCAGUGGGAACUACAAGGCCAUCUAGUUCAGGCAAAGAGCCACAAUUAAAGCGUCUUCGUUCUGUGGUGUCUACAUCCUCCGCGGACUCAGAAUUGGUUGAACGACCCAGGAGAAUUAGGUCAGUUGCAACAGUACCUAAUCCUUUAGCAACUGUGAUAAAAGCUGUGGCAGAAGCUGCUGAAGAUGUAGUUAGAGUUAAGUCUACGGGAAGUGUAUUUGAUCGACUUGGUCGGGGUAUGGAUGUAUCAGAGAUGGCUGAUCAUCAUGCUGAACUUACAGAAGCUGUCGUUGAAGACCGAGAAUAUGAAAAUUUCGACCGAGUUCAGGAGCAAACCAGUUCGGCUUAUGUUGAUAGACAUGAGUACAGUGGACAGUAUGUUGGGGACAUGAGAAUGAUUGAAAGUGACAAUGGGUUGUCCUUUGACUCUGUGACCGAGGAUGAAGGUUAUGAUGAUGUCAAUCAUAUGGGACAUCAAGUCACAGAUGUUUCUCAGUCAGGACCAUCUGGUGGAAACAAGGCUGAGGAUUCUCUAAUGUUGCAGUCCAGUGUAGCUAAGAAUGCUGAUGAUUUAAUGCAAAUACCAUGGAACAAAGAUCAUGAUCAGUCUGUUUCAGCAGUGAAUGCUUCCCAUAAGAUGGCUGACAUUUCUGUGAAUGUAAAUACCUGGAAACCUCUUUAUUAUCAGGAUCCAAGAGAUGUCCCAGAAUCAGAUAGUCGAAAAUCUCUUCAGGAGAUUGAGGCACGGUCUGGAAAAUCCGGUGUGCAACUAAUGAAGGAGAAUAGCAACCCUGCUACUGUUGGUAACGGAAAUGCAAAACCUGUUGCAGAUAUUCAAAAAGAAUCUCAAAAGGCACUGCCUUCUACUCCUGGUAUAUAUCCUGCUGGUCGUCCUUCAGAGGAUGCUGAUUCUCGAACCAUUUUUGUUACCAAUGUUCAUUUUGCUGCUACCAAGGACAAUCUUUCUCGGCACUUUAAUAAGUUUGGGGAAGUUCUUAAAGUUGUUAUUGUUACUGAUGCUGCAACUGGGCAACCAAAAGGGUCAGCUUAUGUGGAGUUCACGCGUAAAGAGGCGGCAGACAAUGCAUUAACUCUGGAUGGCACCUCCUUUAUGUCACGGAUUCUAAAGGUGGUUAAGAGAAACGCUGCCCAUCAAGAUGCUGCUCCUCUUAUGACCUGGCCUCACUUUGCACGGGGCUCUCCGUAUGCUGCAUCUAGAUUUACCAGGGCUUCUUUCCCUAGAGGCAUUCCUGGUGCAUUUAGGCCUCGUCUUCCUAUUAAAACUGGUGCGAGGAGUAUGCAGUGGAAGCGUGAUGCUCAGGCCACUCCAGCUGAGAGUGGUGCUCAAGUUCCUGGGAACAGUGUUCUUUCUCCAACCGCUCGUAGUCUUACCUAUGUCAGAACAGAGCCUAAAGCAGAUGGGAAUUCGGGCACCACCUAGUUGAACACUUGAAAGUUGUUUUCCCCAAUACUCGCAUUUUGGUUGCUGAGUCCCAAUGGAAUACCUGCAUAAGAACUGCUACAAACAUGUCUCAUUAUCCGAUUUUUAUGUACAUGUAGAACAUCUUCCAAAAAGUAGAGGGAGUGUCUGCACAGAUGUGUUGUGGCUGGGAAGGGUUACUUUUUAGCAUUUUGUUUUUGUGGUUCCUUCUUGUGGAAGUAAAAAAGAGAUGGGAAGAGGGAGGAAUGGUUGGUUCUGAGAGCAGCUGGAGAGCCGUUUGAAUCAUUUCUUUAUUUGUUAAUCGUUCCAGUCCCCGGCUUAUAUAUAUACAUUAUUACAUUGAAAUUUGUGAAUAGGGAGGGAACGGAUAGUGAUAUCUAUUUUUGAGGGCUUAUAUCUUUCAAUGUUUUUCUUCUUUUUUUA